AUGGUCUCUGCCAAGGAGCCAGCGGCCGCGAUGUCUUGGAGGCUGUCUGUCGCCUUCGUCCAGUUCCUGUGCCUGGCGACCUGCCUCACGGUGCUCCCGGGACAGCUCAAAAAGGAGGAGAGGUUGUGGCCGGAGAAUUUCACACGCAUCCUGGACCGUCUCUUGGAUGGCUAUGACAACAGGCUGCGUCCUGGAUUUGGGGGUUCUGUUACUGAAGUCAAAACAGAUAUCUAUGUCACCAGUUUUGGACCCGUUUCUGAUGUAGAGAUGGAGUACACGAUGGAUGUUUUCUUCCGUCAGACAUGGGUGGACAAACGGUUAAGAUACGAUGGUCCAAUUGAAAUCCUAAGACUUAACAACCUCAUGGUUACAAAAGUGUGGACACCGGACACUUUCUUCCGGAACGGGAAAAAAUCUGUUUCACAUAAUAUGACGGCUCCAAACAAACUUUUUAGAAUUAUGAGAAAUGGCACCAUCCUGUAUACAAUGAGGCUCACCAUCAGUGCCGAGUGUCCCAUGAGGUUGGUGGAUUUCCCGAUGGAUGGCCAUGCUUGUCCUCUGAAAUUUGGGAGUUAUGCGUAUCCAAAGAGCGAAAUGAUUUACACGUGGACAAAAGGACCUAAGAAUUCUGUGGAAGUCCCUGAAGAGUCUUCCAGUUUAGUUCAGUAUGACCUGCUUGGGCAUACAGUAUCCAAUGAAACUGUUAAAUCUAUUACAGGGGAAUAUAUUGUUAUGACAGUGUAUUUUCACCUCCGACGGAAAAUGGGAUAUUUUAUGAUACAGACCUAUAUCCCAUGCAUCAUGACUGUGAUCCUCUCCCAGGUUUCAUUUUGGAUCAAUAAGGAGUCUGUUCCAGCCAGAACUGUUUUUGGAAUAACCACAGUUUUGACCAUGACAACUCUAAGCAUCAGUGCAAGGCAUUCCUUACCCAAAGUUUCCUACGCCACAGCCAUGGACUGGUUCAUCGCGGUGUGUUUUGCGUUUGUAUUCUCUGCCCUGAUUGAGUUUGCGGCUGUCAACUAUUUCACGAACAUUCAAACGGAAAAAGCCAAAAGGAAGGCUGUGAAAUCCAUCCCCGAAUUUCCAGCAACUCUCAUCCAGAGGGAAAACGGUGCAGAAGAGGCGCCCACGAGUACAGACUCAAAUUCAAACGUGAGGAAAAGAACUAAUACCACGGUACAGCCGGAAGCUGAGAACAUGAAGCGAAUUGACACAGGAAACAGUUCAGUGCCGCUUCCUCCAGUAACUCAGGGGCCUUCGGAUGUUACGCCCCGAUCCCCUUCGGCGUCGAGUCCGAACCCGUUCAGUCGCAUUAGCCUUUCAGAGACGCUGGCUUCUGCAAGAGCGACGCCCUCGGCCCCUCCUUCAACUCCAGUUCUAACUGGAUACAUCCCCCAGCAAGCCUCAGCAGGAUCUCCAGCGAUCCAUCAUUUGCUUGGAUCUAGACUGGAGCAGAUUCAGACGACAGCAAAUACUUUGGGAUCGUCUGCAAAGCCGGCGGCUAACCCUCCUCCAGCUCCUCCGCCCUUAAGUUCUGGCACCAGUAAGAUAGACAAAUAUGCACGCAUUUUGUUUCCUGUCACUUUUGGAGCUUUUAACAUGGUCUACUGGGUGGUGUAUCUAUCCAAGGACACCAUGGAAAAAUCAGAAAGUCUAAUGUAGUCUCGCUGCUAUGUAGUAGGGAUUUUUUCUGAAAUUUAUUCUAAACACCUUUGAAUGCAGAGUUUCUUCUUUUAAAACUAUUUUUUAAAAAAGAAACCUUUAAUGCUAUUUUUUAAAAACAACAACCUCUGUGCUCGUUUUCCCAUGGUAAAGGGCAGAUGUUAUUAGAU